AUGCUAAAGGUUAGUAAAUCUUCUCCUUUUCUUAAAGAUCCUUUUAUUGAGAGUUGUCGCUUUAUGGUGGGCAAUGGGUUUAACACACCGUUUUGGGAGGUUUGUUGGUUAAGUGAUGCUUGCUUGUCGGAUGUUUUCCCGGAACUUUAUGCUAUUUCUUUGUUGAAAAAUGUUUCGGUGGCGGUCAUGGGAGGGUGGUAUGAUGGUAUUUGGAAAUGGGGAGACUUGGGCAUUUCGGAAGAUGAGGCGGUUGAGGCGGGAUUGUUUUCUAGGUUAAUGUCUUUACGAAAUUGCUUAGAAUCUUUCGUGGGUUGUAGUUUGGAGAAGGAUACCGUGAGUUGGAAUUUGGAGACGGAUAAGUGUUUUACGGUUUCAUCUUGUUAUAGUCGGUAUGCUAUCCGACGAAUUCCUUUUGGUCCUAUUAAUAGGAAUGAUGAUGUGUUGGAUAAAAUUUGGAAGAUGGAGGUACCUUUCAAAGUUAAGGCUUUUGCUUGGAGACUUUUUGUGAAUAGGCUACCAACCAAAGAUUUAUUGAAAGUUAGAGGUAUUCCUUUGUCCGCUUCUAAUUUACUUUGUGUUUUUUGUGGGUUACAUUUGGAGGAUAGAGAACAUAUUUUUAUCAAUUGUAAUGUAAUUAAACUUGUUUGGAAAGACAUUGGUGAGUGGGUGGAAUUUUCGGGUUGGAAGGAGAAAUAUUGCAUUCCUCUUUUUAUGGAAUGGUAUGCCAUGAGUUGUAGGAGAAGAAUUAAAGAAGGAAAAUUGGGGGUGUUAUGGUUGGCCACUUGUUGGAUAAUAUGGUUGACAAGAAAUGCUUUUUGCUUCAAUCAAGAGGUGUGGAAUGUAAAUGAUAUUGUGUGGAAGAUCAAGAUUUUGUUGUGGAGAUGGUCUUCCUUUGGAGAUAUUACCUAUUCCAAUUGUAACUUUUACGAUUUUUGUAAAGAGCCGUUGUCUUUUUUAUCGUAA